AUGGCAAACCCUCUUUCAGACACAGCCAAUAAGACGGCACUCCGCGGCAUUUCUAUUGCCCAGCUCUCAACCAUCUCGCUCGCGAAACUCCACCAAAGAGAUCCCGCUGAACUUGCUCUCCUAGACAGUGCAUCCUCCAACACGGGCUUUUUUUACCUUGACUUUCGCGGAGAUGCCCAGGGCAACAGUGUGCUUGCACAUCUCCCUAACGUCUAUACAGCAGUCGAGAAGUACUUCGACCAGCCCAACGAGGCUAAAGCAAAGGACACCAGGCUUGACAUCAAAGCCUCGCAGGACCUGGGAUGGAAGAUGGGCCGUGGCGGCGAGUCAUUUGAGCUGUCGCGGGACGAAGUGGCUUUGAACGGCGCUUCUAUCUCGAAAAUGCCGCGGCUCUUCCGGGAUGGUGGGGCCAAGAUCAGCGACUUCAUGGCUGGCUGUGACGAGGCUUGCUUGACGUUGCUGAACAGUCUCUCCGAAGACUUUAUGUUACACCACCGUGUCGAUCAACCCAGUGACACCGGCUUGAAAUUUGUCUUGCACCCAUCCCUGGCUCGGUUGUCGGAGGUUGGCGAGAGCUUGCACACGGACAGCGGGACACUCACCCUUCUGUUCUACCACGAUUGGAGUCUACAUGCUUUUCUUCCGGACGCCGGCAUAUGGGGUUUCCUUCCGCCACCCGCCGAAGGAUGUGCGCUGGUCAAUGUCGCCAAUACCCUGCAGAGGCUGUCGGGGGGGAAGCUGCAUUCGCCGAAGCACAGGGUAACUCAACCGUUCGAUGGUGCCCAAAAUCGGUACUUCCUCAGCUACUUCUUGAGACCCGAGAACGAGUUGCUCGAGAAAUGGGGCUCUGCUAAUUAG